GGCACAGAGUUGGUCGUGCGAGCCCUGUGGAGAAGUUAUUGGGGGGGAAAACGUGCGCGCUAUUCUUUAAACGUCAAUUUCUUGUUUUCACUCGGACGAAUAAACAGGGCAGCUGCAAUGUGGAUUCAAGUGCGCACAAUGGAUGGGAAGGAAACCCACCGGGUGGAUUCCCUGUCCAAGCUCACCAAGGUGGAUGAGCUACGUCUCAAAAUUAUGGAGCUCUUCAAGGUGGAGCCUGAGAGGCAGAGGCUGUUUUACCGUGGCAAGCAGAUGGAGGACGGACACACCAUAUUCGACUAUAAUGUGGGUCUCAACGACAUAGUGCAGCUGCUUGUCAGGCAGAAGUUGCCCGUUAAUGAUGUUGCCAAAAGCAAGGACAAAGAAGCUGAACUCUCCGACUCUGAUUCUGGCUGUGGCUCAACCCAGAGCGAGUCUGACAAGAGCUCAACUCAUGGCGAGGUCGAGGGUCAGACCGCUGGCACCUCCGCCCAAAUAAACACCCAAGAGCUCAUUGACCCGGGGUUUGGAUUUUUUAAGAUCAACGAGUUGGUGGAUGCAAGAGACUUGAACAUGGGGGCGUGGUUUGAGGGCCAGAUCGUGAACGUUACGAAGACGGACAAGACUCCUAAAGAGGCAGCUGAGGCAGAGCCAGAGCCAGCAGAGGAGAUACUAUACCAUGUGAAAUAUGAAGAUUACCCAGAGAAUGGAGUGAUUCAGCUGCUGGUCAAGGAUGUACGUCCAAGGGCCCGUACUGUGUACCAGUGGCACCAGCUGGAGCCUGGUAUGGUCGUCAUGGUAAACUACAACCCAGAUGACCCCAAGGAGCGUGGCUAUUGGUAUGAUGCUGAGAUCCAGAGGAAAAGAGAGAGUCGUACCCAGCGUGAGAUUCACGCGAAGAUUAUCCUCGGAGAUGCGGGUGACUCUCUUAAUGACUGCCGGAUCAUGUUCCUGACAGAAAUCUACAAAAUUGAGGAGGCCGGUUCUCUAAGUGAUGCACCAGCUGGAACUGAGAGUCCACUUAAAAGGUCAAAUGGACCUGAGUGCAAGCACUGCAAGGACAAUCCCAAUAAAAACUGUCGCUGGUGUAACUGCAACAUCUGCGGCAUCAAGCAGGAUCCUGAUAAACAGCUGCUGUGUGACGAAUGUGACAUGGCCUAUCACACAUACUGCCUGAACCCCCCACUCACCUCCAUCCCUGAGGAUGAGGACUGGUAUUGCCCAGGUUGCCGUAAUGAUGCCAGUGAGGUUGUGCUGGCUGGAGAGAAGCUGAAAGACAGCAAGAAGAAAGCUAAGAUGGCUUCUGCCAGCUCAACCAGCCAGAGGGACUGGGGCAAGGGAAUGGCCUGUGUUGGUCGAACCAAGCAGUGCACCAUCGUCCCGUCCAACCACCACGGCCCAAUACCUGGCAUCCCUGUUGGCUCCAUGUGGAAAUUCAGAGUGCAGGUCAGCGAGUCUGGUGUACACAGGCCACAUGUAGCUGGGAUUCAUGGCAGGAGCAAUGAUGGUGCCUACUCUCUGGUCUUGGCAGGAGGGUAUGAGGAUGAUGUGGAUGAUGGAAAUGAGUUUACUUAUACUGGCUCUGGAGGGCGAGAUCUGUCUGGAAAUAAGAGGACUGCUGAACAAUCCUGUGACCAGACACUGACCCACAUGAACCGGGCGCUGGCUCUCAACUGUAAUGUCCCUGUCAAUGACAAAAAUGGAGCAGAGUCCAAAAACUGGAAGGAAGGCAAACCAGUUAGGGUUGUACGCAACUGUAAAGGUCGCAAGCACAGUAAAUACUGCCCUGAAGAAGGAAACAGAUAUGAUGGGAUAUAUAAGGUGGUGAAGUACUGGCCAGCCAAAGGUAAAUCUGGCUUCUUGGUUUGGCGGUAUCUGCUGAAGCGUGAUGACGACGAGCCAGCACCAUGGACCAGAGAUGGCAAGGAGCGCAUCAAGAAGCUUGGUCUCGUUAUGCAGUAUCCUGCGGGAUAUCAGAAAGAGAAGGAGAACAAACAAGAAGUGGAGGAGGAGGCAGCGACACCCAACAAAGCAAAGAGGAAGAGAAAAUCUCAGGGCAGUGAAUCCACCAAGACCCCACCAGCCAAGACCCCCAAGAAAGUCAAGGUCGAGGUGUACAAGCUCACCCAGGGGCAGAAAGCACUCAUCAGGGGUGAUAAGCCUAAUAAGAAGCUGUGGGACGAAGCCAUGGAGUCACUGUCUCUUGGACCGAAAUUCUUGAACAAAGUUGAAGAAGUUUUUCUCUGCAUUUGCUGCCAAGAAGUGGUCUAUCAGCCCAUCACCACAGAGUGCCAACACAAUGUCUGCAGGGAAUGCCUUCAGCGGUCCUUCAAAGCAGAAGUCUACUCCUGCCCGGCCUGCAGACACGACCUGGGCAAAAACUACUCGAUGACCGUCAACAAAUCCCUGCAGGACAUUCUAAAUCAGUUUUUCCCAGGGUACAGCAAUGGGCGAUGAUCAUUGGUUCUGCCUACUCUGGAGGAAACGCGAUGUAAACUGUAAGGGGAAUUUUCAAUAGAGGCAAUAAAGAAUCAGUUUCUCUUAAUAUAUUUUUUAUGAUUAUAAAACUACAAUUUUUGUGAACUUCAGUGCUACCAUUUUUCACCUUGGAUCUGCCAUGAUGUGUAGUCAAUGAUAAAUUGAAAAUUCCUUCAUAACUGCCUGUACCAUUACUCCGUUUAAUACCUUCAACCGUGAUUUUACUCCCAGCGUUUUGUUCCAUUAACUAAUGCUAAUAUUAUCCAUGACAUAAAAUUUGUUACCUAACUAAAAUCCCUCCAGUUAAAAGCUAGCACUCCCUCACAGAACGUUCAGUCAAAAGUGGUUAAGCUUUUUGCCCAAUUUGUUUGAGGAGGUGAUCAUUUUUGUACAAAGCUAUAAUUAGCACCUGGGUCUUAUAUGAUCUACUGUUAGUUUGGAUGUGGUUGAUCAUCAUUUUGGUGCAGUUUAAAAGAAAAAGAAAUCUGAUGGUGCAGUCAGGAUUUUCAAUAGUCAGCAUUCACAGCUUGACCUGGAUUCUCCGUUACACAUCUCUUGUAGCUGUUACCAGUCUGUAUUCACUUGAUUUGCUGCUCAGAUCAAUUGAAAAACAAGACAAACUAUCAAAAUGUGAUUCUGACGGACUAAUGUGAGAAUGUUUGUCCAGGCAUGAUCAGAGGAUUGAAACUGCACCAACAUGAAAAGCAAACAAAGCAUUUUUAAAAUUUUAUUUUAUUUUUUAAGAAAUGAGGCCUUUUUGAAUCUAAAGCUGCUCUAUAAAAUGUAGAUGUGACCAAACAUACAAACACAACCAAACCAGUUCCGUAAAGUUUUGUUUUUCUCCACUUCGGUCUGCGAGGAAGUGUCUAGUCUGAGAACAGUGUCAUCAAAUUCGAGGUGAAUUUUCUAACGUGUAUUGGUUAAGAUUUUUUUUUCACAUAGUAAUCUUAUAUUUGUGUAUGAAGUUUUGUUCAAGUUUAAAAGUUCCUAAUGAAUUUUGUAGUCUUGAAAGCCAAACACGCCAGAUUUUCAAGACCAUUUUAUUCUGUGGUGUAAAUUUGGAUUUCCCGUUUUGAAAAAGUUAACUUUGAUAGUCCAAAGAGAGAAAAUGCUUAACCAAGAGUGUAAUGUAGAACUCCCCUCUAUCUAGCUCUUUAGAAGACGUCCCUGACACGCAAACCUAUAUGAGUCUAGAAACUAUUUGUAUUUUUCGCUAAAAAUAAAAAUGUACUUCCAUCUUUUUUUUUUUUUUUUUUAAAUAAUCUAUUACUGCCAUCUGGGGGGGGGUUGUCCAGUCAGAUUUUUGUCUCCUGUGGUCACUUGUAAUACCUGACCUCCAUUUUAAAACCAGUUAAUGAUUGCAUUAAGGAAGUGUUGAAAUGUUUAGGAAUUUUCUCACACUGCUCUUGGAAUUGGCUAUUGAAUCAACUAAAUUAUCAGAAUUUGUUCAUUUUGAUUUAGCUUUUAAUUUCAUUUUAUGAAAUUUUCUGUUGAAUUUCAACAGCAGUGUGUGACUAUGUCCUCCACGACAGCACUUUGAGUUUGAUCAAGAGACAGAGAUUUGCAUAGACUGGGAAAUGUAUAUUUUCUGAAAUUGUAUAAUUUUUAGUCCAUUUUAGUUUUGAUACGUAGUUUUAGAAUUGCUUGCACAUGUUUAGUGCAAAAAUGUGUUAAUACAUUUUUUUCAGUGUUAUUCAAUAAAAGA